AUGGGAAUAGAGGAAGGACAGGUGGCCAUAAAGGUCAUUGACAAGAAGAGAGCCAAAAAGGACACUUACGUCACCAAAAACCUUCGGCGAGAGGGGCAGAUUCAGCAGAUGAUCCGCCACCCCAACAUCACCCAGCUCCUUGAUAUCUUGGAGACGGAAAAUAGCUACUACCUGGUCAUGGAGCUGUGCCCUGGAGGCAACCUGAUGCACAAGAUCUAUGAGAAGAAGCGGCUAGAGGAGUCUGAAGCCCGCAGAUACAUCCGGCAGCUCAUCUCUGCCGUGGAGCACCUGCACCGGGCUGGGGUGGUCCACAGGGACUUGAAGAUAGAAAAUUUGCUACUGGAUGAAGACAAUAAUAUCAAGCUGAUUGGUAUGACUUUAAACAACUGUGCUGGGAUCCCCACACUGACCCGUUUCAGCACGCAGUGUGGUCCAGCCUAUGCUUUCCGCUGCAUCUUAGGCGUGAACAUGUAUGCCAUGUUGACUGGGACCCUGCCUUUCACAGUGGAGCCUUUUAGCCUGAGGGCUUUGUACCAGAAGAUGGUGGACAAGGAAAUGAACCCCCUCCCCACCCAGCUCUCCACAGGGGCCAUCAACUUCCUGCGCUCUCUCCUGGAACCAGAUCCUGUGAAGAGGCCCAAUAUCCAGCAAGCCCUGGCAAACCGCUGGCUUAAUGAGAAUUACACGGGCAAAGUGCCGUGUAACGUCACCUAUCCCAACAGGAUUUCCCUGGAGGACCUGAGCCCGAGUGUGGUGCUUCACAUGACAGAGAAGCUGGGUUACAAGAACAGCGACGUGAUCAACACUGUGCUCUCCAACCGCGCCUGCCACAUCCUCGCCAUCUACUUCCUCUUAAACAAGAAACUCGAGCGCUAUUUGUCAGGGAAAUCUGACAUCCAGGACAGCGUUUGCUACAAGACCCAGCUCUACCAGAUAGAGAAGUGCAGGCCCAGCAAGGAGCCCUAUGAGGCCUCCCUGGACACCUGGACAAGAGACCUUGAAUUCCAUGCUGUGCAGGAUGAAAAACCCAAAGAACAAGAAAAGAGAGGGGAUUUUCUUCAUCGGCCGUUUUCCAAGAAGCUGGACAGGAACCUCCCCUCCCACAAACAGCCCUCGGCCUCGCUCAUCACGCACAUUCAGAACACCAAAGCCCUGCUGAAGGACCGGAAGGCCCCCAAGUCCGGCUUCCCCGACAAAGGCAUCGCAUCCCCUCCCACGGUCUCAGUGGAUAAGAUCACCAUCUAUAACUCCCUGAACAUCAAUGUGGGUGCCCUUUCUGGUGGGAAGUCUGUCAGGCCCUUCUCCAGCUUCCUGACGGCCAUCGGCUAA